AUGCCGGCGCAAUCGAAGUUGGCGAUGAAGUCCAAGCCCAUCGCGCUGACCCUGAGAGAGUUCAAUACACUGAGGGCUUGGGGAAUGCCCAAGGAAGAUUUGAAGCUUUUGGACAUCUUUAGCGGCAAAGUUGACAAGCAGGGUCAUCAUGGUCCUGAUGGUGAUCACCGUCAGAUGCGCGUAUUGGCUGUUGGAGCAGCCGGGGACGAGUCAGUUGAUCCAUCACCCAGAGCUCAAGUGCGCUUUUCGUACAGCCUACGUGCCAGCUUUGCCUCGGCUGGUGAGAUGAAACCUGUGAAGGUGCCUGACGGUGCCCGAAAGUUCUUUGAGCGAUGUGGCCUGUCUGAGCUGCGGGCUUUUAUUACCGGCCAGGUGGUCGAGGGAGAAUAUUCGCCCAUAUUCUGUACUGGCAUCAACUCGUUGGAUUCUCAAGAUACCAUUCCAGCAACUCCUCGUGCUUUAGAACAAGCCUUGCAGGAGACUCGUGAACUCUUAGAAAAAAGGAAGGCUGAAGAGAAUGUAGAGGAUGAGGGGCGCAACAAAUUCCAAAGGUCUGGAACUGUAACGAGUGAAAAACUUUUUGAAGAAGGUGCAGUGUAUGAGAACUACUGGGAUGAACAAAAGGCCGAGAAUGAGUCUUGGUCUCACAGCAACCACGGUGGCAGCUGGGGAUGGGGAUGGCGACGCCGCUACAAUUGGUCGUGGGACUGGGACUGGGACUGGGACUGGGAAAGUCAGCAGCAGCUUCAGCGCCCCAGCACUUUAGAGCAGUUGACCGGGGAGACUCGGGAAGUAGACUCAGACAAGGGUGAGGAAGCAGCCAAACGACAGAAAACAAAGCAUGAAUCAGCCCUAGGCAGCAAAGGUGAGAAGGUCGAGGAGAAGAAAACUUCAGAGCCUUCAUGUCAGAAGGAAGGUGACCAGAUUGAGGAGAAGAAAGCUCCAGAGGCUUCAGGACAGAAGGAAGGUGACAAGGUCGAGGAGAAGAAAACUUCAGAGGCUUCAGGGCAGAAGGAAGGUCACAAGGUCGAGGAGAAGAAAGCUUCAGAGGCUUCCGGACAGAAGGAAGGUGACAAGGUCGAGGAGCAGAAAACUUCAGAGGCUUCAGGGCAGAAGGAAGGUGACAAGGUCGAGGAAAGGAAAGCUUCAGAGGCUUCAGAACAGAAGGAAGGUGACAAGGUCGAGGAGAAGAAAGCUUCAGAGGCUUCAGAACAGAAGGAAGGUGAGAAGGCCGAGGAGAAGAAAACUUCAGAGGCUUCAGGGCAGAAGGAAGGUGACAAGGUCGAGGAGAAGAAAGCUUCACAGUUUUCAGGGCAGGAGGAAGCUGACCAGAUCGAGGAGAAGAAAACUUCAGAGGCUUCAGGACGGAAGGAAGGUGACAAGGUCGAGGAGAAGAAAACUUCAGAGACUUCAGGGCAGAAGGAAGGUGACAAGGUCCAGGAGAAGAAAACUUCAGAGCCGUCAGGUCAGAAGGAAGGUGACAAGGUCCAGGAGAAGAAAACUUCAGAGGCUUCAGGACAGAAGGAAGGUGAGAAGGCCGAGGAGAAGAAAACUUCAGAGGCUUCAGGGCAGAAGGAAGGUGACAAGGUCGAGGAGAAGAAAGCUUCACAGCUUUCAGGGCAGGAGGAAGCUGACCAGAUCGAGGAGAAGAAAACUUCAGAGGCUUCAGGACGGAAGGAAGGUGACAAGGUCGAGGAGAAGAAAACUUCAGAGACUUCAGGGCAGAAGGAAGGUGACAAGGUCCAGGAGAAGAAAACUUCAGAGCCGUCAGGUCAGAAGGAAGGUGACAAGGUCCAGGAGAAGAAAACUUCAGAGGCUUCAGGACAGAAGGAAGGUGAGAAGGCCGAGGAGAAGAAAACUUCAGAGGCUUCAGGGCAGAAGGAAGGUGACAAGGUCGAGGAGAAGAAAGCUUCACAGCUUUCAGGGCAGGAGGAAGCUGACCAGAUCGAGGAGAAGAAAACUUCAGAGGCUUCAGGACGGAAGGAAGGUGACAAGGUCGAGGAGAAGAAAACUUCAGAGACUUCAGGGCAGAAGGAAGGUGACAAGGUCCAGGAGAAGAAAACUUCAGAGCCGUCAGGUCAGAAGGAAGGUGACAAGGUCCAGGAGAAGAAAACUUCAGAGGCUUCAGGACAGAAGGAAGGUGACAAGGUUGACGCCAAGGACAGGAAGGCUGGCCAAGAGGCAAAGGACAACAAGGAGAAGAAAGGUAAUUCUUUGAUGAGCACCUUGUACGAAUCUUGGACCCAGUGUGGCGGGGACUGGAAGAAAAGUUCGAUAUAUUUGAAUGCUACCUGCAAAGACACGAACAAGCGUCGUGGCGAGCGGAGGUGGAUGAUAUGGAAGGAUAUCGUAGAGAAAUUUGGGUUCCAGGGGGCAACAGACUUGGUCGAGUACAAAAAGAGCAAAAAAGACUUGGCCAAAAACGAAAUACGCAAGCACCCCGAUGCCCCGGACUCAGAGGAGUUGACCCAAUACCUUCUCCUCGACGCGGACAUAGAAGUCGACGAGCAUGAAGAGACUGUGAAGCGAAUGUUUCAAGCUCUUGAGUGUGAGAGUGAGUCUGAUUCCAGUGAGUCAAGCUCCGUCGCCAACAGCGACAGUUCGGAUUCCAGUGAGAAGCAAAAAAAAGAAAAAAAGGACGCAACAUAA